AUGGACCAUGAAUCCAGUUCUGUGCAAUUGGCGUUGUUCCGUCACACGAUUGGUCCGGAUGCUCUGCGUGUAAUAAACGGAUUCACGUACAGUCCGGAUGAGGACCGUACAGAUUGGCAGGUUGUGAUGGCGAAGAUGGAGCGCUACUGUCUUGGCGAAUCCAACGAGACUUUCGAACGAUACAUUUUCAACCAGAGGAAACAGCAACAUGGUGAGCCCCUCAACACAUUCGUCCUAGAGCUGAAAUCCCUGGCUGGUUCAUGCAAUUUCUGUGCAUGCCUGGAAGAGAGUCUAAUAAGGGACCGAUUUGUCGUUGGACUACGGGAUUCUGCCAUGGUGAAGCGCCUCCUAAAAAUUCCAAAGCUGACUUUGAAACAGUGCAUCGAUAUAUGUCGGAGUGAAUAA